AUGGAUGAGAGUGUCGAGGAGGCCGUGUUCAAAUACGUCCGACAACUGGAGGUGGAUGAGGAACUUUCCCAGGACGAUGACGGCACGAAUAUCGACUGGUACCUGAAGUUGAUGCCCACGGCACAACGCGAUGGGGCCACACUCCACAGGGGGAAUGAUGCCCUGGGUGGGGACCCGAACGCGACUGUCGAUCCAGAACUCAAAUCGAUGGACUUACUCUCUCGAACAAGUGCGGUGGGAGCACAAUCUCCACAGAUCGGACCGGCUGGUGGCACCGCGCUGCGACUAGCUCCCUUCAAAGAGAUCCUGCCAAAGGUCAGGAACUUCAACGGUCCGGAGCAGCAGCAGCAACAGCGAGAGGGGGAGUUCCCUGCGGGGGAAGUGCAACAGCUUAGGGACGAGAUCGUCGCCGAUGUGAACAGAAUUCUCCCGCGGGUGCAGGGGGCUAACAAGUUCACCGUGGAGGAGGAUAGACUCGUGUCCCGGUUUGCUAGGGAGUAUUGUCGCAUUACAAAGCUCGAUGGGGGUCAGUUCCGCGACCUUGUGUGGAAGACGUCACAGAAUGACACUGUGGAGUCCACCACCUUUUGGAAAUGCAUGUUUGCGAUCUUACCGCACAGGUCGCAUUCAUCCAUCUGCAAGCAUCUGAGGCGGCUGUUCAACGAUUUCGGCAAGACUGGGAAGUGGAAUUCUGAGGAGGACAAGUUGCUGAAUGAGCUGUGCACAGAGGGCGGGCUCGUUGGGAAAUGGGUGCGCGUCGGCCAGAUUUUGAAGAGAGUGCCCGAUGAUUGCAGGGACCGAUGGAGAAACUACGUCAGUUGCAGGGGUACGCAGCAGAUGAACGAAUGGUCUCCCGAGGAGGAGGAGAAACUUAGGGCCGUUGUCCACAACGUACUCGAAACGAAAAACGACACGGAGAGAGAUCCACUAAGGGAUGAGGCACUCUUUAACAAUUUGAUAAAUUGGGCAGAGAUCAGCGAGCUGAUGGGGAGAACGAGGUCAAGAAUUCAGUGUAGGUACAAGUGGAACAAAUUGGUUAGGAGGGCGAUGGUAGAAAAGUUGGCCACUAUGGAUAAGAAAACUCUAAGUUGGCUUUUCUCAGAGAUCCAGCGGUACAAUUCGGUAAACGAUAUCGAAUGGACACAGAUAUCCAAGGAGACUCAUGGCGCCUGGAGCGCUGCCGAGUUGAAACUUUGCUUUGAGAAACGGAUUAAGAAACGGAAACGGUAUGCAUCUGCGAAACUUAGCGAUCUGUGCAAAGAUGUUCUGAACGAAACUGUAACUGCGAAGGCCCACUCUAAAUGA